UUUCCUUGGUUACUUCUCUUUGUCUAACCUUUGUCGUUCUUCUUCCGUCUUCGGUCAUUUUUGGGGUGACUCCCCUCGGGGAGUUACCCCUAUCCUCUUUAUUUUCUUCUCCCUCUCCCCCUCUCUUCUCUGUUCUUCUCCGCUUCUCCCUUUCCUUCACUCCUUCUCUCCUUUCUUGAUUUUCUUGUUCCACUUCUCUUAUCUUUCCUCCUCACUUAUUCUUCUCCUUUAUCUUUUGUUUUUUCUUUCUGUUCUUUUAUGUAGGGAUUUUGAUACAAGACUCUUCCUUGAAGAUUUUGGUGUUGGGCAGUGGCCUUCAUCGCUUCUUUGGCUUUCACCACCAGUGAUUGUUUUCCGGAGUGUAUUUCACCACUGGUUACAGUUCCAGACAGUUACAGUUCUGAUGGUUAUAAUUCCGGCAGUUACAGUUCUAGUGGGCAUAGUUCCAAAUGGUUAUAGUUCCGGCGGUUACAGUUCCAACAGUUACAGUUCUGGCGGUUAUAAUUCUGGAUGGCUCCACUUUCUUGGUGUGAAUCACUACUGUCCUUAUCCCUUAUUUUCGGUGGUUGGAGAUGUACUCAAUUAUUUCUUCUGUUGGAGGGAAAUGAGAGGGUUUUGCUCGUAUUAUCACAAUGGGACCAUGGAUGGGCUGAUUGACACUAACUAUUCGUUCGUUGCUGACAAGGAAAAAGGAGAUGAGGACGCGAGGUUCAAGGAAAUUUAUUGCGGGAUCUGUCACUGCCACCUUCAUUCUCUUACGCUCAGUUUAGAAGAAGUACAGAUACCUAUUUAUAUAAUGUAAAACCUUCAUUUUGUAUUAUUUUGUAUAUGUUUGCAUAAUAUAUAUUUGUGUUUAUAUUCCUCCCAAACUGAUCCUUAAAAACCAAUGUGACAAUUCUAUUUACCCUAUGGUCCUUGGGCAAGAACUCAUUCUUCUCCA